CCCACUUGCGAGCCAAGCUCGGUUUUCCCAAGAAGCCAUUUUGGGCUAUUUUAAUUUAAGCUUACUCUUGCAAGACGUGCUCUUUCUCUGUGACAUUUCUUACAUCGUCUAAUCUUUUCCAGCUUGUUUUCGGAUAUCGCGGGUGGGCUGCAGUAAGGAAAGUAUGGCGGAUGACGCUGACUUCAGUCUGGACGCGGCAGAGGCGACUGUCAGUGGAGUGGAGGCUUUUGUCCAGUUUCCCAACGAGACUGCGCCGCAGUUGAGAAUGGUUCCCGUAGAAACCGACCCGGAAACGCAUGGAGGGGAAGCUGCCGUACCCCUGACUGUGGCACAGGUAAAACAACAGCUGUUUGAUGAAAACAACAUCGCAGGAAACGCAGACAGCUUAAAGAUGAUUCUCAUUGACAAUAAAGGGCAAGCAAAAAAUCUGAAAAAUGGCGAUCCUAUCGAUAUACAUAUUGACGAGAUAGCAGCAGAAUCUGUGAUCAAGUUUGCUUGACGUGUCACUUACCGUGUGCCCCUCGUGUCCAAUCACAACGCUCAAAACCCGCCCUUUUAGCCCUGACGAGUGUCUAGGAGAAAUACGUUGUGUGCCGCAGAAUCAGUGACGACAAACAACAAACCACGACCCUAGAACGAGAUCAUUCUGUCUGCUCACUACCUAGACCUAGUUUGGAGAAAUUUGACGUCCAAGAUUUUUUCUUUGAAUAUCUUGAUAACGACUCGUAAUAAUCUUACGGUUUCUGACCUCAUGGUCUUUGUAACUCAAAACGGCCAAAAGUAUCUGUUGGAACUUUGUAGUUUCUGAUGUAGCGAAAUGUGACAGUACGGGUGUGUUACGUUGUUAUGUCACUGUAUGUAGCAGGAGAAGUAUUCUAUUCUGCCGAUGUACUGGUCGUCAUGGGACUUUGAAGGAUGGGCUAUUGUUUUUAUACAUCGCUAUGUUACAGGAGAAAACAAUGGAAGAGUUCAAUUUUGUCGUGGACAGAUUGGUGGUAGGGCAUGUUGUUAUUGUUAGGAAUAUAUUACAAGUUGGUUAGUAACAAUGACAAUGUAACAAGUUUGUUCAUGACCAUGACAAUGUUACAAGUUUGUUCAUGACCAUGAAAAUGUAACAAGUUUGUUCGUAACCAUGACAAUGUUACAAGUUUGUUCAUGACCAUGAAAAUGUAACAAGUUUGUUCGUAACCAUGACAAUGUAACAAGUUUGUUCAUGACCAUGACAAUGUUACAAGUUUGUUCAUGACCAUGACAAUGUAACAAGUUUGUUCAUGACCAUGACAAUGUAACAAGUUUGUUCGUAACCAUGACAAACUGUUGCCUUCUAACUUGGGUGGAUUUGUUUUGUUUUGUUUUGUUCUGAGCUUGAAAACUGAGUGCAUAAUACAUGACAUUAUAAUGUCAUAGAGAACUCAUGGCUUUUGUAAUGUAAUAGAGAACUCAUGGCCUUUGUAAUGUAAUAGCAGAGAACUCAUGGCUUUUGUAAUGUAAUAGCAGAGAACUCAUGGCUUUUGUAAUGUAAUAGCAGAGAACUCAUGGUUUUUGAGUGGAAUCUACAUGUUUGGUGAUGUUUAUUGUUCAGUGCAGUUUAGAAACGUUUUUCGUAAAACUAAAAAAUGGUGUAGGGUGUGUGGCUUUUUUAAAUAAUGAGAUAAUUAUUCAUAUGGGUUGACCCUGUGACAUGUGUGUUGGUGAUGGAGGUCAAGCUCUAGAUUUGUGCUAUAUAUGUCCAAUGUAAUAGAGUGCCUGUGCUGUUUGACGGAGAGGAUGGGUUUUGUUCUUAGGUAAGUUCAAGUGGGCUUUGAGCUUGGAGAUUUGUGUCGCAUGCAUGUAUGUUAGUAAGAGGAUGUUGACUUUGUGAUAUAUAUAUCUAUAUAUAUAGAUACCGUAUAUAUACAUACAUCUGUUUUGGUAAUUAAAGUGGAGUGAUUUUUGUCAAGCUUA